AUGCUCAAAAUUCUUUUUCCAGGCGUGCAAAUCACCGAUGAUGAAUUUACAAAGAGCCACGCCGCCGGAACAUUGCAGUACUGGCAUACCAGUGACAACCAAUACACGCUCAAGUGUGUCGACACAUCCACAGGCGAAAUUAUCGGCAUGGGUCUUGGUGAUGUCUAUCUUCGGGAGCGGUCUCCGGGGGAGCGCAAAAACCAUGGAGUUCCUUGGUUGGAGGGAGAACACCAGGAACGAGCCAAGAAGGUCCUCAACCCCCUGUGGGAAAUGAGAGAGAGACUCUUUGGUGGGCGGCCAUACAUCUACUGCCACGUUAUUGCGGUGGAUCCUCAGCUUCAAGGACGCAAGGCGGGACAGCUUCUGCUUCACUGGGGCAUGCAGAUGGGCGAGCUCGCCGGAUUGCCCCCCUCGACGGUGAACUUGUACAAGAAGAUGGGAUUCGGGUUGCUGCCAGAAAAGAUUGUUCACAGGGCCGAGGUACUUGGUACGGAAAAGGGCUUCGAGGUGCCCCUCAUGGUCAAAAUGCAGUGUGUUGCAGGAGGCGUAACUUUUGAGGAAUGGCGUCAAAAAUUAUAUCCCGAGUUUUCUAAGGAUGCCCUGCCUGUCCCUGUGGCUGCCGUCUAG